CAACAAACUAGUAUUACAAAUCAGCAAAUAAACAAAAACAAAAAUACUACUCAUAAUAUAUAUUAAAUUCAAAAACAAACAAAAAAAUUGCAUGUAAUUGGCUGGGGGCAUAAAAGUAAAUGGACUCCACAAAAUAAAGUGGAAUAAAAACCCAGCCUGUGUUAGAGCUGUGUUCACUAAUCAAUCUCUCACAUUCAUCUUCAUCUUCUUCAACCUCUCUCCACACGAAGAAGAACAAACAACAAAAGCAAUGAGCUCAAUGAUGGAGACCCUCCAGAUUCGUAAACCCACUUCUCUCCCCGUUUCUCAACGUCCUAAUGCAGCAGCCACCGCCGACGAUGAGCCUGGUCUCAUCCGACGUCGUCUCUCUUCUCUCUCACUCAACCUCUCAAACCAACCAGCGGCGAUCGCAGCUCGAUUCCCGAGAUCCAAAUCUGUUUCCGCCAUGGGAGAACAAGCAGGAAGCUCUGUGAAAGAAUGGUGGGAAUGGGGUUGGUCAUGGAUCCUUUCAAGAAAACCGAUAUUCAUCAGAGAUCUUGAGCUUAACAAAGACGAAGCUAAAUCAAUUGGUUCACAAAACAGAGGAAGUAUAAUGCACGUUUUCUUCAAACUCCGAUCUCAGAUCCGUAAUCUCAUGGGACCUGCUUCGUCAGAUUCUCUUCCUCUUUCUUGCAAAUACAAGCGUCAACGAUAAAAUGAUUCUUGCUUAUUGCUUCACAUGGGGUUGAGAUUUUGUGAUUUGUCUCUUCUUUUUUUUACUUUCGUGCAAUGGAGUAUAAUGUAUAAUGUGUUUUUUUUCUUCUUCUUGAUGUUGUAUUUUGCUAUAAUUAAUUUUCCUAGAUUAUUAAUCAAUUUAUUUAUUUUAUUUGUGGUUACGAGUUUGUGGCUGUGCAGUUGUAUUUUUGUAUUUUAAUAACCAUGCAAAUUAUAUAGAAAAUCCGUUAUUUUCGUUUUAA